CAUCACACCCCCUAGAAACCUCUGCAUGACCGCAAUGUCUUGCUUCUGCGCACUAGCGUCACGUAUGGUAAAAAGCACUCGCUGGCGAGCGAUUUCCCCAUCAAUCCAUUUUCUUUGGGGUGCGACUCUCAGCUCUUGUACUUGCCAGGAAUGGGAUAAUAUAAGCCCCUUAUCUCGCGCAUCACAUACAGCUCGACAUCAUGCCUCAAGGAGAGCGAUACCAUAAGCUGCUAGGCUUGACAGACUCAGGAGAUCCUGAAUUCUCCCGUUCUCAUGCAGGCCAGUCAGAUGGGCUCGGAGGUUCCAGUGCUCUCGAAGAUAUUGUUUUGGAUGCUGCGGGUUAUGCAGAAGGCGACCAUUCCAUUAGCACUCGAGAGCAAAUGAAACUGAACGCACUCAUCCAUGUCCUUGACAAGAAGCAUUCUCUAUCGAGUUGGGUUGGGCCGAAGCACAUUGCAGAUGAUAAUCCUGGUUUCUACUCCUGUCUCUUUCCUCGAGCAGCUGAAUUUUUGUUCGUGUUGCUGAAGAACUGGUAAAUACAUAAGAGGGUGCAACGGCCCCUCGUCUUGUAACUAAGAUAAUUCAAGAAAUCAAAGUUGUAUGCACCCCAACUCGAAGGAUUCUUAAAGGUUAAUGAUACUGCGGUUAUCAAUGACUGGUACUAGGUGUUAUACAAGGAAUGAGGCAUGUCCUUCACCGCGACCAGAAUCCUUUGCAAAGAUAAUGUCUAUGGCUACAGAAGUGGAGCCAUUUCAGAUGCGGGAUCUUUUAUCGAGCUCAAGCACAAUGUAAUCUGAGUAAAGUACACCAUCAUAAGCAUGGGAAGUUGAUGUUAGCAAACCAAGGUAUAUGUCUAGGGCUCUGUAGGGUUUGAGUGAGCGCUCAAGAACGGACUACGGGUACCA